AUGAAAAUGCUGCGACGACCUCCCGGCGAGGGACGUCGGCCCUCCCAGCAACAGAAACUCCUUAUCGCCUUUGCCAUCAUCCUUCUUCCCUGGAUCCAGCUUGUCGAUGCCCAGCAGCAGCACCGGCCAGCCGCCGAUCCAGCCCUACAACCGCUGCAGCGCCCUGGUGGCAGCAGCCAACAACUAGCCGACGAUGCCGCAGUUCAUCAGUGGGCUGCCACGCCCAUCGACGCCGCCGAGGCCGCGUACGAGACGGCCGAAAACAUCAAGCGAGCAUCGACCCUAAAGGAUCGCUCGCCUCAGCAGAACCCCUCGAAGCGCAAAAACCGAAAGAAUGAAUACCAAAACAUUAUUAUCCCUGACGAUGCGAGCGCCCUCGCAACUUUGGCUCCGGCUGAGGCCGUAAGAGCACCAAACCCUUCACGACAUCUUCGGCCCCGAAGCGUUCCUGCUUCUGGGCUGGCGUCGCCGCAGUCUGCGCGGAGUCUGAAGGACUGGGAAGCGGAGGACUUUGUUCUUCUGGCGACCGUCGAUGGAGAUUUGUAUGCCAGCGACAGACGAACCGGAAAGGAACGCUGGCACCUCGAAGUUGACCAGCCCAUGGUCGAGACAACGCAUCACCGCGCCGAUCAAUCCAUCCUCGACGAAAGCUUCCACCCCGUUGACCAUUAUGUCUGGGCCGUCGAACCAAACCGUGAUGGUGGGAUUUACAUGUGGAUUCCCGACUCCAAUGCAGGCCUUGUCCGGACAGGUUUCACCAUGAAGAAGCUCGUUGAAGAGCUAGCCCCGUACGCCGACGAGAACCCUCCCGUGGUCUACACUGGCGACAAGAAAACUACCAUGAUCACCCUCGAUGCAGCCAGUGGAAGGGUACUGAAGUGGUUUGGUUCCACAGGCUCUCAUGUCAACGAGGCUGAGAGCUGCCUGCGGCCCAAUACUCUGUACGGCGUCGACGACGAAGAGUGCAGCUCCACCGGUACCAUCACGCUGGGCAGGACCGAAUACACUGUCGGCAUCCAGCGACGAGAUGGCCGUCCAAUUGCCACUCUCAAAUAUUCCGAAUGGAGCCCAAACAACUAUGACAACGACCUUUACCAGCAGCAUCAGUCCUCUCUUGACAGCAAGUACAUCACCAGCCAGCACGACGGCAAGGUCUACGCCUUCAAUUAUGCGCGAUCCGGAAAGCCCGAGCCUGUGUUCAGCGAAACCUUUGCUGCACCUGUUGCUCGCGUGUUCGAUGUCUGUCGGCCUUGGGAUGCCAACAUCGAGAGCAAUCCGGACUUGAUUGUUCUUCCCCAGCCGCCCAUGCCCGCGCAGGAUGAAAUCAAUGCCCGAAUUCGGAGCAACAGCAUCUUCCUAAACCAGACUCGCUCGGGAAGCUGGUACGCAAUGUCUGGCCGAUCGUACCCUCUCAUUGUCAAUGCCCCCAUUGCUCAAAUUUCUAGCCCUGACUGGUUGGACAUUGCCCCUGCUUGGGACACAAUCAAUCAAACUCGACUAUCCAAGGCUUUGGUGGGCACGCACUUCCUCAACAGCAACAAAGGCAGCAAGCAACACCUUCGCAGCCUUCCUGCUGGAUCACCCGCGGCAUACGAGGAGCCUGACACAUACGAUGAGACUGACAACGAUCCCCGAGUUCCCCAAGCAGAUGUAACACCAGACGAGCCUACCAUUUUCAAGAAGGUUAAGUCUAUUCCCCAAAAGGCCGUCGACAGCGUCAUCGAGUUUGUCAGCAACCCCAUCUUGAUACCCAUCUUCUUGUUUACUCUGUUCUACAAGCAAAGUAGCCUUCGCCGGGCCUAUCGCCAGAUUAGGCUCAAGGGUUUACACAAUCUACAGUUCGGAAAAGACGCAAUUUCGGAUGAUGGUGACGAAACUCAAGGUAGUGAGAGCGAAUCUGAGGGUGUUGUCAAUCGGAGGGGGCUUGUUGUUAGGGAGAAGGUGCUCGAACAGCUCAAGAAGCCAGAGGACGAGGGCAAGACGCAGGUGAAAGAGAAGGCGAAUGUCACCCCCACACCAAACUCGGAGCAUCGAAAGGUUCCGGAUCUGGACAAAGAUCUCCUAUCAACACCUGUCGCCGACGUGGACUCAACAGACGGGGAGGCGACGCCCAGGCCUCACAAGCACAAGGCUGAACCCAAAGUUGAGUCUCCCACCAAGGGAUCCGCCAAGUUGGAUGGCCCCCGAGACGAAGCUCAGGCCUCGGCCGCCAACAAAACUCACAACGAACAACCCGACGGCAAUCAGAAUCGACCAGCCCCCGAGAAAAAGAAGAAGGCCCAUAGGGGGCGGCGCGGAGGGGUCAAGCACCGCAAGGGUGGUCGUGCUGCUGAGGCAUCACAGUCCCGUGACGACGACCCUGGCCCAGGGACUGUGGAGGAUGCCGUCAAGAAUGCCAAGAAACUGGGUGAUCGUCCCAGUCUUGAGCCUGAUGUCAUGACUGUCGCCAACGACAUGCAGUCCGUCACAGGCUCCAUCAUUCGUCUGGGUAGCAUCGAGGUCGACAUGGAUGAGCAGCUGGGCACGGGUAGUAAUGGAACCUUGGUCUUUGCUGGCAAGUAUGACGGUCGAGAGGUGGCUGUCAAACGCAUGUUGAUCCAGUUCUUCGACAUUGCCUCUCAAGAGACCAAACUGCUUAGGGAGAGUGACGACCAUCCAAAUGUCAUCCGAUACUACGCUCAACAGUCACGGGACGGAUUCCUCUAUAUCGCACUGGAACGCUGUGCUGCCUCGCUGGCCGACGUCGUGGAGAAGCCCAACUACUUCCGAGACCUUGCCAUCGCUGGAGGACGCGACCUUCCCAACAUCCUCUAUCAGAUCACCAAUGGUAUCAGCCAUCUGCAUGAACUUCGAAUCGUCCACCGUGACCUCAAGCCACAGAACAUCCUGGUCAACAUGGCGAAGGAUGGCAAGCCAAGGAUGCUGGUGUCUGACUUUGGACUUUGCAAGAAGCUUGAAGGAGGCCAGUCAUCUUUUGGUGCGACCACUGGCCGGGCAGCUGGAACCUCUGGCUGGCGUGCCCCUGAACUCCUGCUCGAUGAUGAUGCCCGAGGCAACGUCAUGAACGAUCUGAGUACACAGAGUGGUUCGGGCUCGGUUCUAGUGGGAGACGGCAUGAUGCCCAACAACCGACGGGCCACGCGGGCUAUUGACAUUUUCUCGCUUGGCCUGGUCUUUUUCUACGUCUUGACAAACGGUUCGCAUCCUUUUGACUGUGGCGACCGAUACAUGCGGGAAGUCAAUAUCCGCAAGGGCAACUACAAUCUCAAUCCCCUUGACUCCCUGGGCGACUUCGCUUUUGAGGCUAAAGAUCUCAUCGAGUCAAUGCUUCAAGCUGACCCAAAGAUGCGCCCAACCGCCAAGGACAUCAUGGCUCACCCUUUCUUCUGGUCCCCCAAGAAGAGGCUUGCUUUCCUGUGCGAUGUUUCGGAUCAUUUCGAGAAGGAACCGAGAGAUCCACCAUCAUCCGCCCUCAUGGAGCUUGAACGUCACGCAUCCAGUGUGACCAAGAAUGACUUUUUGCGGCUUCUGCCACGAGAGUUUGUCGACUCCCUUGGCAAGCAGCGCAAGUACACGGGCUCACGGCUUCUGGACUUGCUCCGCGCCCUCCGAAAUAAGAGGAAUCACUACGAAGACAUGCCCGACACUCUCAAGCGUAGCGUGGGACCGCUCCCCGAUGGGUAUCUGUCGUUCUGGACGACCCGAUUCCCCAUGCUGCUGCUUGUCUGCUGGAACGUAGUAUACAACGUGCAGUGGGAUGACUCGGACCGGUUCCGCGAAUACUACGAGCCGGCGGCUCUAUGA